AUGAAAUCGUCACCUGUCCAUCUUAUUAAAUGGAACCAACACUUAAAUCUUAACGCAAAGGAGCUGAAAUUGCAAGUUCCACAAGAGAUUCAACUUUGGUCGGAUAAUGUGGAAAAUGCGAUUGCUGAAGAGUCAGCGCGACAGCAGAAAAAAGAGAGCGACUUAAGAGCGGAAAUUGACCAAAUAUCUGCUGAUAUUGACAUUGCAAUCAAAGCACAAAGCAAAAUCAAUACUUGGAUUAUUGAUAAUAACGGUAUUUUGGAAGCCGAAAUCGAGAACAUAACUGAGAAACACAAAAGAGAAUAUGCGGCUUUGCGAAAAAAGACCGCGGAGCUCACGAGGUCGCGAAAUGAGCAAUUGGAAGCCCUGACUACACUAAAAGACGAAUAUGAGAAGAUGGAAAAGGUUGUAACAGACUAUCAAAAUAAAAUAAAGACAAAAGAGCAAGAAGAAAGACGCGAAAAGGAGCUAGAUGAAGCAGCAGCAAUGAUACAAGCUUGGUGGAGAGCCAUAAUAGUUGUAAAAAAAAUCAUUACCAAUAAGCCCAAGAAGAGGAAGAAAGCUAAGGGAGCAAAGAAGCGGAAGUCGAAAUAA